GACGCCUGGCCGCCGGAGCGGACGGACGGCAGUGCGCAGGCGCAAACAGCCAGCGCCGGCGCACAGGCGCCAGGAUGAGGCCCGUUCCUCCCGGCGUGCUCCGCGGCUCUCGGCUUACACCGGCCCCUGGGCUGGUGGAGGGGCCCGCGAUGGCGGCCGGUGCCGGGGCAACUCGGCUGCUUCUGCUCUUGCUGAUGGCGGUAGCAGCGCCUAGUCGGGCCCGAGGCAGCGGCUGCCGGGCCGGGGCCGCUGCGCGGGGGGCUGGGGUAGAAGGCCGAGAGGGCGAGGGCUGUGGCCCGGUGGGACUGCUGCUAGAGCACUCGUUUGAGAUCGAUGACAGUGCCAACUUCCGGAAGCGGGGCUCACUGCUGUGGAACCAGCAGGAUGGCACCUUGUCCCUGUCGCAGCGGCAGCUCAGUGAGGAGGAGAGGGGCCGACUCCGGGAUGUGGCAGCCCUGAAUGGCCUGUACCGUGUCCGGGUCCCACGGAGGCCUGGGGCCCUUGAUGGCCCAGAAGCUGGUGGCUACGUCUCUUCCUUUGUCCCCGCGUGCUCCCUGGUGGAGUCGCACCUCUCGGACCAGCUGACCCUGCACGUGGAUGUGGCCGGCAACGUGGUGGGCGUGUCGGUGGUGACGCACCCUGGGGGCUGCCGGGGCCACGAGGUGGAGGAUGUGGACCUGGAGCUGUUCAAUACCUCAGUGCACCUGCAGCCGCCGGUCACGGCCCCGGGCCCAGAGACAGCGGCCUUCAUCGAGCGCCUAGAGAUGGAGCAGGCCCAGAAGGCCAAGAACCCCCAGGAGCAGAAGUCCUUUUUCGCCAAAUACUGGAUGUACAUCAUUCCUGUCGUCCUGUUCCUCAUGAUGUCGGGAGCGCCGGAUGCUGGGGGCCAGGGCGGGGGUGGGGGUGGAGGUGGCAGUGGGGGCAGUGGCCGGUGAGGGGCCGGGGCUGGUCAGUGCCCCUCCUCUGUCGCCCAGAGGCCUUCCUCCCUGCUGGAGUCUGCCAUGUCCUUGGCCAUCCCAGGAAGGAUUUGCUACCCCCUCCUGUGUGCCCAUCCCAUGAGGGGAGGACAGCUCCCACCGAGAGACAGCAUGCCGCCUGCACGAGCCCCUCGCCCUCUGUGGGCCUCUGUGUUCCUGUUGACAGAGCAGUGGCUGGAUUCUGGGCCCUUGGGCAGGGACACCCGAGUCUGCUGCAGCCCUGCCUCCCCUGUGUCCCCGCUGUGGCCCCAGAGGAGUCCCUUUGCCCUCAGGAUAGCGUCCCGCCUCCUGGGCCACUGGCCACCCCAGCCUCUCCAACUUCGUGCCUCCCCCCACAAGCCCGUGCAGUCUGGGAACAUGCCGAGUCCUCUCCAGCCUCCGUGCCUUUGUUUGGGGUGGUCUCACCCUCCCGCCCCUGGCCAGGUAGAUGGCCCUGUCCAGGCUUCCCCUGGCACCCCCCUCGCUCAUCUGACACUGGUCUGGGCCCCUCGAGGGCACGAGGGGCACUGGCUCGACUCCUGCCCCCGCCCUCCCCCGGUGCAGAUAGAGUCCUGCCCUCAGGACGCCAGGCCCUCGGUGGCCUCUGGGCUGGAAGGAAAAUGUUUAACGUAAAAAAGAAGCAAAGCAAACCCGACACUCAGUGGCGUCAGGGGCCACAUGCUGUACAAGAACCCUUCCCAGCUGUCCCCUUCCCGGCUGUCCCCUUCCCCGGCUGUCUGCUCUCAGCAGGGUCUGAGCAGCCCACCUGGAGCGCGGCCUCUGUGAGUCAUCGCCCUCCCUUUUAAAUAUAUUUAAAAACGUUGACAACAUAUUGAAAUACGUGAACGUUUUGAAAAAUUACAGCUUCCGACAGCCAAAUGCAACUGUAGUUUUGGCUCGAGACGGCCAUGGUGUGCAGGCUUUACUGAAAUCCACUUCAUUUCAUAUGUUACUAAGGAACAAGAAAAUGGCCGUCCUUGUCGUCGUCCUCGCCAUGUAACGCUCAGCUGUUUCGUGUGGCAGUUUAUUAUUAAACUGUUUCCCAAAUGUGCGA